CCCUGGCAUCAGAGUUUGUAGUACAGACAAAUAUGUCGGCCUCUGGGAAUCUCCUGACCACCAACAUUACGGACGUGUGAGGAGAGUGCCUGAAUGUCCUGGGAAUAUCUCCACGUCUUCUAUGUAACUUCCAUAUCUGCGACGCGGCUCACAGACAGAUUUUUAAAGGAGCCAUAAACCAGGUAGCCUCCAACCCGUGGCUAACAGUUGAAGCUAGCUACCUGCGCUUAAAAUAACGUCAGACACAUCGGUGGCAGCUAGCUAGCCGAACAUUUAAGCUACCGUUAACUGUAAAUUAGCUCUGACGCUGGGAUAGCGAGACCGAGACCGUGCAGCUUCAGGCUUCUGGCACCGUUGAAUGACUCUCGUAUGGACCAUAAUGGAUGCAAGGCGUUGUCUCUUCUGGUUAUAAUCCUAAGAGGAACAGACACGGGCACGUCCCCUUCACCGCUUUUGGACCCGGAGCCAGAGUAAAAGCCCUUACAGGUACAGAGUCAACCAACCACUGGACCAUAUUCGCUUUGUGAACCUGCUGAAGACCUGCUCAUUUUUACACCAGACACUCCACACCAUAAAAACAGAACCAGCUGAUUAACAGUGGAUGGAAAAAAAAAAAGGUUGGAUCCUGAAAGCUAAACAUGAAGACUCAGAUGGCGUACUCCAUCCUAUAGCCAUAAAGGCCCUUUUUUUUCUCCCUUUGGUUUAUGUUUAGGUCAGUUUUGUUACAUUGCUCCAGAGAGACUGGGUCCUCCAAGGGAUUAUUGUGGGUGUGUGGUAUCCAAGCCUCUGUGCUCUCCACUGGGGAAGGAAGCAGAGGGAAGUCCCUGGAGGAGAGGGCAGAAAAGAAAACUGUGUGUAUCUGCGAGGCUGACAGUUGCAUAACAGACACGGCCAGUCUCCAACGCAGCACGCUAACACGGACUAAUACAGCGAAACAAGAAGACCAAUGGGGGGAAAUGAAGUAGAGCCUGAUACAACCCCAGGAGCACUGGAUUCAGUUUUAAUCCCUUGUGUUAUUCGAGCCCUUUGAACACAUUCAGACAUCUAUUAUUUACAUGGAUACUAAUGGAUGUUCUACUGGAUUUCCCCACAGAUGUUUUGGAAAUCAACACACCAUUACCUCCUGCUUCUUGUCUUCCAAUCACAAUCCCGGUGGAGCUGGCAGCAACUGCUGAACACACACACAUACAAGCAGGAAGUGAUGCCAGGUGGCAGCAGUAAGAGUGGAGGGCGGGGCCCAUCCUCCUCACCCCUUCCACAUGCAGUGGUCCCGCCCACUCGGCCCCUGCGACCCUCCCGCUACGUCCCGGUGUCAGCAGCUACGUUCUUCCUCGUUGGCUCCACAACGCUCUUCUUCUGCUUCACGUGUCCGUGGCUGUCCGAGCGUUUCUCUGUGGCUGUGCCCAUCUACAACGGGGUCAUCUUCCUGUUUGUUUUGGCUAAUUUCUGUAUGGCCACAUUCAUGGACCCAGGCAUCUUCCCCAGAGCCGAGGAGGACGAGGACAAAGAGGAUGAUUUCCGUGCUCCCCUGUAUAAGACGGUGGAGAUCAGAGGGAUCCAGGUCAGAAUGAAGUGGUGUUCGACCUGUCGCUUCUACAGACCGCCGCGCUGCUCGCACUGUUCUGUCUGCGACAACUGUGUGGAGGACUUUGACCACCACUGUCCCUGGGUGAACAACUGCAUUGGUAGGAGGAAUUACCGCUACUUUUUCCUCUUCCUCCUGUCCCUGACGGCCCACAUUAUGGCUGUGUUUGGCUUCGGCCUCCUCUUCAUCCUCUACCAUCGGCAGAACAUUGACCGCCUGCACGCUAUUGUCACAUUGGCCGUGAUGUGUGUUGCAGGCCUGUUCUUCAUCCCUGUAGCGGGACUCACAGGCUUCCAUAUAGUGCUUGUGGCCAGAGGCAGGACUACCAAUGAACAGGUGACAGGGAAGUUCAGAGGAGGCGUCAAUCCUUUCACAAACGGAUGCUGGAAGAACGUUUCCCAUGUACUCUGCAGUUCACAGGCACCCAGGUAUCUGGGCAGGAAGAAGUGUGUGCAGAGCGUUUGCGUCCAGCCUCCUUUCCUGCGGCCACAGCUGACGGAGGCCCAGCUGGCUGCAAAGAUCCUAGACAACGGCAUACAGGGAGACCUCCACAGGUCCAAGUCCAGUCUGGAGAUGAUGGAGAGCCAGUCAUGUGACGCCGAGCCCCCUCCUCCUCCUAAACCAGAGCUGCGUUACCCUGGAAUCACCCGAGGAAACACAGAGGAGUGCAGUCUGCUAAAUAAAGCCCCUCCCACCCCCACCAUGUACAAGUACAGACCCACGUACAGCCCUGGGAAAAACCACACGGCGCUCACACAUGCAUACGCCAACCAGUUAAGUCGAGGCGAGAGUGUCGGCAGUGCCAGGGACUCCUCCUCCUCCACCUCCUCCCUCCUCCAGGCCAGCCAGCAGCCUGGUUUCCGCUCCCAGCCCAGCCUGGACCGGAGGGACACUUCAUCAGACAGAGUUGGAGGGGGAGGAGGGGGUGAGAGGAGGGAGGGAGGCAGAGAGGUGGGAGGAGGGGGCAUGCCCGGCUACUCCCUUGGUGGACGCUCGUACCCCUCCUUCUCUGACCCCACUGUCCUCUCAGGAGUGGCAUCGCGCUCUUCCAGCUCCACACACACCUCAGCGGGCGCCGCCCACAUCUCUGAGGUGACAACCACCUCAGCCAGCUUCAAGAGCUUAGCCAAUCAGACCCCGCCGCCACACCACCCAUCCCGCAACGGGAGCCUGUCAUAUGACAGCUUACUGGCCGGCGAUGAGUUCGACAAAGGGCCAGCGGCAGGCUCUGCGGCCCCUGACGUUGGCUCAGGGAGGCCCUGUACGCCGGCGACGGGCGGCUUCAGCUCGCCGUUCCUCGCGUCACAGCAGAAAGACGCUGAGAUGCACUCCCAGUCCACCCAGUCGCCCCAUCGCCACCACCACCACACCUCCCACCACCACCAUCACCCUUUCCUCCAUCGAUCCUCGUCCUCUACGUCCUCCUCUCCACCACCUCCCCCAGAGAGGGAGCGUCUACUUGGGGAGACCCAUGCCGGAGGUCACCCCCCGUCUGCCAAUCAGACCACUACUGCACCCCCCUCCUCUGCCCCGCCUCCCCCACACCACCACCAUUCCCAUCAUCACCACCACCACCACCAUUCCCACCAUCAUCACCACCACUCCUCAUCUUCUUCCUCCACAUCCCGCCCUCCCCGCUUUGCUGCCCCUCACGCACCCCCACACCAUGCCUACCCCUACCGCACCCGCUCCACUGACACCCCCCUGGGCUCCUCAAACCCCACCACCCAUCCUCCCCGCUCCCCACACCCCCCACCCCUGGGCAAGUCGCUCUCUUACUCGAGCGCUGCCGCAGCUGAAAUGCAAUACCGGCUGGUCCGAAACGCCUCAGCGUCGGCUGGAGCCAAUGCAGCGGGGGUAGGAGGAGGAGGAGGAAGUGGAGGGAUGGGAGGAGGAGGAGUAAAAGCGCCGAAGGAUGAGCUGAUCCAGAUGAAACCUUUAAGCUGGACCAAUGGCGGUCAGCCCUUUUCUUCUCACUCCUCCUGCUCCGCCCCUUCCUCUCCCUCCCACCCGGUCAGUGUGUCGGCCCGGCCCGGAGUAGCGUAUCCUGGCUCGGUACUGGCGCAGAGCCCCGCCCACAAGCCUCAGGCCAGCGGGGUGAAGAAGGUGACGGGCGUCGGAGGCACCACCUACGAGAUUUCAGUUUAAACCGCUGAGUACAGCUCUCGGACCAACGACACUAAGAGCCUCUUUAAGGUUUAGUUUUAAGACAGGAAAACCACUAUCUUACUGCGUACCUGGAGGAUGAAAAAGGGGGUUCUUUAAUCUGGAGCUGUGGAGCUGAACUGCACUGGACAGUAAGGCCUGGAGUUAGCCAUGCUUAGUCACCGUAAAGGAACUCACUGGACCAAACACAUACCGUACUUUAGGUUGGACUGUACACGAACACUUGCAUGGCAAUCACUAUCACUGCCAGGGUUAGAGGUUUGAUCCACCAGUGAACUCUAAAGGCUCCUUCCUGCACUUUCAAGCUGCAUUUCAGCAGAAUUUUGGCAUCAGACAUUUCUGUUUCAACACUUUCACACUGCGCAAAUCACUGAACACUGAUCAGUCCUGUGAGGGUCUGUGAUCACAAUGGCAGUGGCGUCUUAGCGGUCUGUGGAACCAGAUCAAAAUCACGUCAGAUGAAUAGAAGGGCUGGAUGGAAGCGUAAACACGCAGACGCUGAACUGUUUGCCGUCUUGCUCAUAACCUUCAGAAGUCAGCUGAAGACACGAACGUGGCCUGGAAGGAGGUAAAUAAUCAGUUAUUGAGUCUGUUAUUGACCUGUGACAAUCUACCAGAGUCUGGAAGGAGACAGUCACCCAUGAACUUUUUUUUAAAUCAAUGUUGCAGUGUGGAUUUGACUUUUUGAGGGGAGGACAGCGGGACUUUGAAAGCUGACCCCACCACGCCGACCCCCUCUUUCUUUGAUUCAUUUGAUGCGUUACUCCUAGAUGUGAAUAUGAUUCCAUGUUUGUACAGGAUGAUGUGAUUUUAAAUGUGGAUUUCUUAAAAAAAAAAAAACAAAAACAAAUAAGUGGCAUUCAUAAUGGACUGCAGCAUGCA